AUGGGCUGGGUAGGUGCGGGUGUACUAAUAGCAACAAUAGGCUACUUUCUCUACCGCUACCCUCCUCGCAACUGGGCCGAACCUCGUUCGUUUGCCCCUCCGGAACCCAAACCCGGCGCGCCGGUUGCCGCUGACACCACAGACGAGCCCGUGCAACAGAAGCAUGGUUCACGGGUCUCGACAACAGCAAUAGAGACAGAGGAGGAGGAUUCCCAGAGAACACCCAAGGCUUCGGCGUUGAGCGCACCACUCCCCGUCCUUGCGGUCCCCACAUUCAGCCUGGACAAUAGCGAGAGCAAGACAUCGCAGCCCGCCACGAUGCCGUCCAUUUCACAGCCUAUAAAUGGAACAGCAGAGCAAAUAUCUCCCACAAACCGUGAUCAUGGCGCACCAAAGUUCCAACCUCCACCACAGCCAUCUCUCGCACCCCCUCCGAAACCACAACCGUUACCCAUACCGCCGAAGGCAACAACCACCGGCGUUUCUUCCCUAAUGCCUCCUCCCCCAGUGCCACGGCCCCGACCAGCCACACAAGCGAACCGCCUCACCCCCACAAGCACGCUGCAACCACCACGGCUCAGUGGCAGCUCUCUUGGCCCGCCACCAUCAGCGGCCGCCUCUCAGCGCGGCCUGGGCCCACCGAGCAGCGGCAGCCGUCUUAGCAACAGCACCCUCGCCCCGACGCAAGUGUCUCUGAAGAAGUCAUCACGCAAAAACAACCUCCGCGGCGAAGGCCUUCCCCCAGGCCUGUUGCGGGUCACACCAUCAAUGCUAAAGGAGUACAAUGGACGUAAGGGUCGUGAUGCCUGGACUUCGUACAAUGGAAAGGUGUACAAUAUCUCCCCCUACGCCCCUUACCAUCCAGGUGGGAAGGGUGAGCUCCUCCGUGGUGCGGGGAAGGACUCUGCGCAGCUGUUCCAGGAGAUCCACCCGUGGGUCAACUGGGAAGGAAUCCUUGGGGAGUGUCUGAUCGGAAUUCUUGUUUCGGAGCAUGAUAUCCAGACUGAGAAUGCUCUGGAUGCGAUGGACUAA